AUGUCGGCUAUUUGGGAUUUAUUUCGGCAUCCAGAUAGUACGGCGGCGGCGGUGCAUGUGCGGGCCCGCCGUACAAUAGCUGGGGAUAAGACGGGGGAGGAGGCGAUCCCGCAGCUGAGGAGGGAGUCAAAGGCGUUGUCGGCUGCUUGGAAUUUAUUUCGGCAUCCAGAUAGUACGGCGGCGGCGGUGCAUGUGCGGGCCCGCCGUACAAUAGCUGGGGAUAAGACGGGGGAGGAGGCGAUCCCGCAGCUGAGGAGGGAGUCAAAGGCGCUGUCGGCUGCUUGGAAUUUAUUUGGGCAUCCAGAUAGUACGGCGGCGGCGGUGCAUGUGCGGGCCCGCCGUACAAUAGCUGGGGAUAAGAUGGGGGAGGAGGCGAUCCCGCAGCUGAGGAGGGAGUCAAAGGCGCUGUCGGCGGCUUGGAAUUUAUUUGGGCAUCCAGAUAGUACGGCGGCGGCGGUGCAUGUGCGGGCCCGCCGUACAAUAGCUGGGGAUAAGAUGGGGGAGGAGGCGAUCCCGCAGCUGAGGAGGGAGUCAAAGGCGCUGUCGGCUGCUUGGAAUUUAUUUGGGCAUCCAGAUAGUACGGCGGCGGCGGUGCAUGUGCGGGCCCGCCGUACAAUAGCUGGGGAUAAGAUGGGGGAGGAGGCGAUCCCGCAGCUGAGGAGGGAGUCAAAGGCGCUGUCGGCGGCUUGGGAUUUAUUUGGGCAUCCAGAUAGUACGGCGGCGGCGGUGCAUGUGCGGGCCCGCCGUACAAUAGCUGGGGAUAAGAUGGGGGAGGAGGCGAUCCCGCAGCUGAGGAGGGAGUCAAAGGCGCUGUCGGCGGCUUGGGAUUUAUUUGGGCAUCCAGAUAGUACGGCGGCGGCGGUGCAUGUGCGGGCCCGCCGUACAAUAGCUGGGGAUAAGAUGGGGGAGGAGGCGAUCCCGCAGCUGAGGAGGGAGUCAAAGGCGUUGUCGGCGGCUUGGGAUUUAUUUGGGCAUCCAGAUAGUACGGCGGCGGCGGUGCAUGUGCGGGUCCGCCGUACAAUAGCUGGGGAUAAGAUGGGGGAGGAGGCGAUCCCGCAGCUGAGGAGGGAGUCAAAGGCGCUGUCGGCGGCUUGGGAUUUAUUUGGGCAUCCAGAUAGUACGGCGGCGGCGGUGCAUGUGCGGGUCCGCCGUACAAUAGCUGGGGAUAAGAUGGGGGAGGAGGCGAUCCCGCAGCUGAGGAGGGAGUCAAAGGCGUUGUCGGCGGCUUGGGAUUUAUUUGGGCAUCCAGAUAGUACGGCGGCGGCGGUGCAUGUGCGGGUCCGCCGUACAAUAGCUGGGGAUAAGAUGGGGGAGGAGGCGAUCCCGCAGCUGAGGAGGGAGUCAAAGGCGUUGUCGGCGGCUUGGGAUUUAUUUGGGCAUCCAGAUAGUACGGCGGCGGCGGUGCAUGUGCGGGUCCGCCGUACAAUAGCUGGGGAUAAGAUGGGGGAGGAGGCGAUCCCGCAGCUGAGGAGGGAGUCAAAGGCGUUGUCGGCGGCUUGGGAUUUAUUUGGGCAUCCAGAUAGUACGGCGGCGGCGGUGCAUGUGCGGGUCCGCCGUACAAUAGCUGGGGAUAAGAUGGGGGAGGAGGCGAUCCCGCAGCUGAGGAGGGAGUCAAAGGCGUUGUCGGCGGCUUGGGAUUUAUUUGGGCAUCCAGAUAGUACGGCGGCGGCGGUGCAUGUGCGGGUCCGCCGUACAAUAGCUGGGGAUAAGAUGGGGGAGGAGGCGAUCCCGCAGCUGAGGAGGGAGUCAAAGGCGUUGUCGGCGGCUUGGGAUUUAUUUGGGCAUCCAGAUAGUACGGCGGCGGCGGUGCAUGUGCGGGUCCGCCGUACAAUAGCUGGGGAUAAGAUGGGGGAGGAGGCGAUCCCGCAGCUGAGGAGGGAGUCAAAGGCGUUGUCGGCGGCUUGGGAUUUAUUUGGGCAUCCAGAUAGUACGGCGGCGGCGGUGCAUGUGCGGGUCCGCCGUACAAUAGCUGGGGAUAAGAUGGGGGAGGAGGCGAUCCUGCAGCUGAGGAGGGAGUCAAAGGCGUUGUCGGCGGCUUGGGAUUUAUUUGGGCAUCCAGAUAGUACGGCGGCGGCGGUGCAUGUGCGGGUCCGCCGUACAAUAGCUGGGGAUAGAUGGGGGUGGGGCGAUCUCGGAGCUAGUAGGGAGUAA